AUGUUCCGUCUUAUCACGCCAAAACCUUCGACCUUUUUGAGGGUAAGGCCUGUUAAAAGGCUUUACAGUACAGUCAAAACUUCUACCGUUGAUUGGAAGCCAAUCAAGACAAAGAAGACACCAUAUGAAGGGUAUCAAAAGAAGGAAUCGACAUUUACAAGGAAUAUCUUUUUGGGGUUGAUGAUUGCUAUGCCAGUUAUUUCUUUCUAUUUGGGUACCUGGCAAUUGAGAAGGUUGAAAUGGAAAACUAAUCUUAUUGCUUCCUGUGAAGACAAACUUACCUACGACCCCAUCCCUCUACCAAAACAUUUUACUCCGGACAUGUGCGAAGAUUGGGAAUACCGUAAAUGUACUGUUACUGGUAGAUUCUUGCACGAUGAAGAGAUUUUUGUUGGUCCUCGUGUGAGAAAAGGUACUAAGGGAUAUAUCCUUUACACUCCGUUUAUCAGGAAAGACACGGGUGAGAGAAUAUUAAUUGAACGUGGAUGGAUUGCAGAAGAGAAAUUGGUUCCAUCCUCUCGUACUCUAAGACAUUUAUCUCUGCCUGAAGGUGACAAUGUCACAGUUACUGUUUUGGUUCGUGCUGCCAAGGAUUUAACGUCUUUGCAAUGGGAGAAAGAGGAUAGAGACACUAGAUUAUGGCAAGUCUUGGAUAUCAAAGACAUGACUGCUGCCACAAACACUGCUCCUAUUCAUUUCCAGGCCUUGUAUGAUUUAAAGGACCAUCAUUGGGAAGAAGAAGAUAAUACUGCUGAAAGCACAACCGCAGAUGACAAUCACUCCUCAUGGAAGUUUUGGUCCAAGAAAAAGAACAACAGCGAUAGCAAAACUGAAAAACUGGAAACGAAACAAACAACUGAGCAUAAAUUAGACGAUGAUUCGAUUGAGUUUGACGAGUUUCAAUUCGCAAAAGCUGGUGUCCCUAUUGGGAAAAUCCCCAAGAUUGACUUGAAAAAUAAUCACUUACAAUAUUUAGUUACAUGGUAUGGGUUGUCGCUACUAUCAAGUAUUUUCUUAGUUAUCGCUUUGAGACGUGGUCGUGGUUCUGCGAUGUCUCAAGAACAGAUAAAGAGACACAAGUUAAAGCAUGCCAAGAGAUUUAUGUGA